AUGUCUCCUCCUCUUAAUGUCCUCAAACAACCUCUUGCCUUCUUCUCCAAUCGUCCCGUGACAGGUUUCCAUCGAGACGGCUAUUGCAGGACAGGAGCGGCAGAUUUCGGUAAUCAUGCGGUCGCAGGAGUGGUGACGGAAGAGUUUCUGGAUUACUCGGCAUCACAAGGCAACGAUCUUCGAGUGGCCGGGCUGACGGAUGGCUGCAAAUGGUGUCUCUGCACGUCAAGGUGGCUGGAAGCUUUUCAAGCAUACAAAGACGGAAGAAUCAGUAAAAACGGCGUUCCGAAGGUCCACUUGGAAGCGACCGAGGACAGCGCUCUGCGGAGAGUUGAUCUGGAAACGUUUCGAGAAUUUGCGGCGAGAAAUGAGGCGAACGAGACGAACGGAGUGAAUGGUCACUGA